UACCGACAUCCAUACCAUACAUUCGGAGUGGACCACACCCUACCCUAUCACCACCAUUCAAAGAUGGACAAACUCGACCUCGUCAGCUAUAUACCGGCCGCCUUUCGAUCCUUCCCCGCCUACCUCCAGCAGCAUAUCCACCAUGCCCGCAAUCCCUGGUCGUUCUUCGAGUACUACCAGAACGCCCCGGACAGCAUUCAUACCAUCAUGCCCCUUUUCUGGACGAGUUUGACGUUGACCUAUGUACUCGGGCUAGUCACAGGGAACGUCAGCCAGAUCGAUCGUCAAUGGACUUUUCUACCGAUCGCCUACUCCCUGCACUUUGUCCUCUAUCCCCUGUUCAAUAAUAAUGGCGAGGCGUUCCUACACAAUCUCCCUAGGCUAUGUCUCAUGUGGAGCUUGAUGGUCGUAUGGGGCGUCCGUCUGACCGCCCAUACAGCGCGAAGAGGGCUAUACAACUUCUUCGACGAGGACUAUCGCUGGCAGAUCUGGAGAGACCAGUUGCCCACCUGGUUGUUCCAGUUGUUCCACCUCGGUUUCAUCGCUAUCGCCCAGUCGCUCCUCCUAGCAGCCAUGUCCCUCCCUUACCAGAACGUCCUCCUCACUCCUCGUCCCACUCAAUCCAGCUCAGCUCUCGGUUUGCCCUACGGACUAGGCGCUACCGACGUCAUCUUGACCGUCCUGACGCUUCUGACGAUCUACACCCAGUUCAUGGCCGACAACCAACAAUAUCACUUCCAGACGUAUAAACAACAUGUCAAGAAGUCCCAAUCUCAGGACGACAUCAAUGUCAACAUCCCUCGAAACGUGACCACCUACAAACAAGGCCCGUUCGAUAUCACCUGGACCCCGAAAGACGCCCAGAGGGGGUUCAUCACCAAAGGACUCUGGGCAUGGAGCCGACACCCGAAUUUCGCCUGUGAGAUGACGUUUUGGGCGUUACAAGGGCUGUUCCCUCUGCUCAGCGCCAGCUUUGGCUCUGUUGGAGCGGGCUUGACGGUCGGGGAGAAGAGGGGCAUGGUCUUGCCUAGUCCGAUUAUACCUGCAAUUGCCUAUUCUUGCUUGUUUAUCGCUUCGACGUGGUUCACCGAGAGUAUCACUGCGCCGAAGUACCCAGCAUACAAGUCCUACCAAGCCCUCGUCGGUCAAUUCGCCCCUCAAGUGACCGUAUUCAAGGGGAUCAUCUCGUUACUCUUGGGGACUCGGACGAGGUUGGCGGAAGAGCUCGGGUGGGUGGGGUCGAGGGAUGUCAAGGGGAAGAAGGUGCAGUAGGCGCGUCGACUUGAAGAUCUACAGAGAGGAGCUCUGUAUCCAGUGUCACAGAAGCCAAGUAUCCAUUGAACGCCAUGCCCAUAUCUUCACUGG